AUGUCUGCCUCAUUGCUCGGUAGCUUGACGGUUGGCUUUAUAGCCAUAUAUAUUGCCAUGGUCUUCUUGUCUCAGAAAAAGACACUCGUGCCUCUACCUCCUGGUCCUCGACCCAAGCCCAUCGUUGGUAACUUGGGUGACCUGCCAAAAUCAAGCGAGCCGGGGUGGCUGCAUUUUGCCAAAUACAAAGACCUUUACGGACCCAUUAGCUCUCUCACUGCCUUUGGGCAAACGCUGAUUAUCCUUAAUGAGCCUCGACUGGCAUUCGAACUGUUGGAAAAGCGCUCAGCAAAAUACUCAUCCAGACCGCAUCUCGUCUAUGCCUCGGAGCUGGUUGGCUGGAAAUGCUUUUUAGUACUAACGCCGUAUAAUGAUCGCUUCCGCGCUUACCGUAAAGCUAUUCAUCGAGGAAUUGGCUCCAAAGUAGCUGUUUCACAAUUCAACCACGUCCAAGAGGUGGAAGCCAGGCGGUUCUUGCUUCGAGUGCUUCAAAAUCCAGAUGGUCUUUUUCACCACGUCCGGAAGGAAACUGGUGCCAUAAUACUGAAGAUAGCAUAUGGCUAUACAGUUGAGCCGCAUAAAAAUGACCCACUGGUGGACCUUGCAGAUACUGCGCUGGAGCAGCUUUGCCUCGCUACUCUUCCGGGUGCUUGGUUAGUGGAUGUUAUACCGAUAUUGAAAUAUCUGCCUGCCUGGUUUCCUGGUGCUGGGUUCAAGCAAACAGCAAAAGCUUGGAGGGAUACAUUAGCCGCCUUUGGAGGUAAACCUUAUGAGUUCGUAAAAAAGCAAAUGCAUUAUGGCGACUAUGAACCUUCUUAUCUCUCUAAUUUACUAAAGUUUGGAUAUGCCAAACCUGGGUCAGAAGAGGAGAUUAUCGCCAAGUGGUCCGCCGCGGCAAUUUACGCUGGUGGAGCCGAUACGACAGUGUCUUCCAUGUCGUGCUUUUUCCUCGCCAUGAUCCUAUACCCCGAAGUUCAACGCAACGCUCAGGAAGAAAUCGACCGUGUGGUUGGAACGCAUCGACUACCUCGGUUUGAAGACCAAGAAAGUCUCCCUUAUAUUAAUGCAUUGGUCAAGGAGGUCCUUCGCUGGCAUCCCGUCGGAGCGAUGGGCUUUGUCCACCUGGCCACAGAGGAAGAUAUCUGCGAAGGCUACCGUAUUCCAAAAGGAGCACAAGUAAUCCCAAUUAUCUGGGCCUUCCUGCAUGAUCCUGAUAUAUAUCAUGACCCAAUGACCUUCAAACCAGAACGUUUUCUACCCCGCGACGGCUAUACCCCCGAACGAGAUCCGCAUGAGUUCGCCUUCGGCUUUGGACGCCGCAGCUGUCCAGGUCGCAUCUUGGCUGACGCAAACCUUUAUAUCAGUAUUGCUCAGUCCGUGGCCGUGUUUAAUAUUAGUAACCCGAUUCAAAAUGGCCAACGGGUGGAUAUUCGGCCAGAAUUCCGUCCUGGCAUUAUCCUCCACCCUGCCCCAUUUGACUUCAACAUCAGCCCGCGUAGUACAGCACGUGAAGAGCUUAUUCGGUCAGUUGAGAGAGAGCAUCCGUGGGAAACGAGUCACGCAAAGGACCUAUAG